AUGGUGAGGGCGGUCAGUGGCGCGGGCGGGGGCGGGGGCGCGGGCGGUGGCGGCGGCCUGCUGGGCGCGAGCCUGGUGUGCGGGCGCGGCCUCACCGACAGGCAGCGCGCGCUCUGCCACUCCGCGCCCGCCGCUGUCGCCGCGCUCGGACGCGGCCUCAGCAUGGCGUACGCGGAGUGUCGCGCGCAGCUGGCCGGCCGCCGGUGGAACUGUUCCGGCGUCGGCGACGACCCACGCCUCGGACACAUCCUACCGCUAGCUACGAAGGAGGCGGCGUUCACAUACGCGAUCGCCGCGGCGGGCGUGACGCACGCGCUGGGCGCGGCGUGCGCGCGCGGCGACAUACCCGCCUGCUCCUGCACCAACGGCAGGUUGGCGCCUACCUACCGCUCUAGCAGUGUUAUCAAUAAACGAGGUUUAGCCUGCACUUAGUAUUGAUUCAAAUUCAUAUUAUUAAACAGAGACUUAGCAAAGGUUAACCUAGUGCGCGAUUCUACGCGAGUAAUAUUUACUCUUUGCUUACUCACUGUAUAACAUGAAUUUGGACUAAUACUAAAAUUGCAAUUUCAGCUUUAAUUUACUCUAACGCUAUACCUUGUUUAAUAUUAGCACUUUAUAUGUACAACAACUACCUCCGUGUACAUUCUUUUACAAAGAUACCGUGUAAAAACAUAGAUUUUUUAUUUAUGUGUAUGCCUUUCGACGACUAUUGAGCGUUUUGUGUAUAGAUUGAAUUAAUGAGUUCAGAAAAUGCAAAUAUCAUAUUAUAUCCUUUUAAAAAAAUUAUUUGACCUACAACACCAAUCCGUUGAAAUAAAUACAAGAAAAAAAUUAUAUUGUCCUCCUUGCGUCGAAAUCC